AUGGGUCCGGGGACCCUUCUGUGCCCCGGGAGGUCCAGCUGGUGUUGGGGAGCAGUGGCAGCAGGCCUGGUCUUCCUGCUGCCCGCAGUUCUCUGGAUCCUGCAAAAUGUUGAUGCGGAGGAGGAAGAGGCAGUCCAGCCUGUUGUAGUGCCCUCCGCUGCUUGGCCUUCAGACCAAGGCUUGGCCCGGAGGAGGCGCUAUGCCAUCAACCCUCUUGGUUACAAAUGGGACCAUGUGAACCUGACCUAUAAGAUCGUGCAGUUCCCCAGCACCCUCAACAAGGCUGACACCGAGCGAGCCAUUGCCAGUGCCUUCCGCAUGUGGAGCGACGUUUCACCCCUCAGCUUCCGGCGCCUGCCCCCUGCCCAGCCGGCAGACAUCACUAUAGGUUUCUACACAUUUAACCACACCGACUGCUGGUUCUCUCCUCUGCAUCCUUGCUUUGAUGGGCUGAACGGGGAGCUGGCUCACGCCUUCCUCCCGCCUCGUGGCGAGAUCCACUUUGACAACCAUGAAUUUUGGAUCCUGGGCCGUUCCCGCUUCAGUUGGAAACAAGGUGUCUGGCUGAAUGACUUGGUGCAGGUUGCAGCUCAUGAGAUCGGCCAUGCCCUGGGCCUGUGGCACUCCCGGGAUGCCCGUGCCCUCAUGCACCCCAAUGCCACCUACAGCAGGACAUGGCGCAUUGGCCAGGAUGACGUCUGGGCCAUCCAACGGCUGUACGGCUGCGUGGACGAGAAGAAGCAGUGCCAGCCAUGGGCCCAACAGGGCUUCUGUACGCGCCAGCGGGCCUUCAUGAAGAGGCACUGCCCCCGGAUCUGCAACGCCUGCUUUGAGCAAGCUGCUACCUCCUCCUCCUCUUCUCCACCUGCCUGGUCUUCUCACGUUCACAUAAGAUACAUCUCCAAGGGCAGAACCAUCACCUUCCGCUGUGGGUUCAACUCUUCCAGGCCACACUUGCAAGUCAGCUGGUACAAAGAUGGGGAGGCCCUCUCCCGCUCCCUCCAUGGCUUUGAACUGCUUCCCAGCCAGGACCUGCGUGUCGUCGCCACCGAGUUCAGCGAAGGGCGGUACGCCUGCUUGAUCCGCCGGGGCAGGACGACCCUCCGGGUGAAUUCCUGGCAGAUAAAACUCAAGGCUGGAAGUCCAUUGCACCCCAUGCGGGGGCCACAGAAAGACACACGAGGGAGCGCCUGA